AUGUUCAAGACUCUCGUUUGUCUCGUAGCAGUCGUGGCUUGCGGCACCGUUUUGGCCGAGGUUCCUACCGGUUGCGUCACGAUCCAGAGCCGGUACUCGGACAAGUACCUGACCACUUCAACGCGCUACAACUGCGACCGUCGCUACGUGAAGCAGUCCGACGAGCCUCAGGAGUGGAACGUCGUGAAGGAGGGCGGAUACUACCGGAUUGUGCACAAGAACCGCGAGGAGGAGCUGUACGCGGCCGGAAUCAACUACAGCGGCCAGGACCGGUAUGUGUUCACCUGGGUGGACGGAGCGGCCGGCGAUCAGGGCAAGUGGGACAUUGUGGAUGCGGCGCGGGCUGACGGACAGGUGUUGAUCAGGAAUUUGUACUACAACGAGCAUCUGUACGCGGCCGCUUUCGACGACUUUGUCUUUUCGUGGAGGCCAACCGAUCCGGUCAACGGGGAUGAGAAGUUCUACUGGAAUGUUACUCAGUGUUAA